UCGAUGAGCUCUUGAAUAGACUGUGCAGGACUUCCUCUCGACAGUUCACAACAAUGGCAGAAAUCGAGGCAGCACAAGCAGCUCAGGUUGACGUUGCCAAAACUAGCAACGGGCCAGCUGAAGGAUAUGAGAAGAAAUGUAUUUUCUGCAAGAUUGUAAACAAGGAAAUGGAUACGGAGCUUCUUCAUUGUGAUGGAGAAAUCUCCUGUUUCAGAGACAUCAAACCUGGAGCUCCCCACCAUUACCUGAUCGUACCAACCAAACACGUAGGAAACUGUAAAUCACUCAGCAAAGAACAAGUGCCUUUGGUGAAGCGCAUGGUCGAGACAGGGAAGGAGAUCCUCCAGAAAAACAACAUAACAGACCUCAGUGAUGUCAGGUUUGGUUUCCACUGGCCCCCGUUCUGUUCAGUCACACACCUACACCUUCAUGUCCUGGCUCCUGCCAGUCAGAUGGGCUUCAUGUCCCGCCUCUUCUACAGACUCAACUCCUAUUGGUUUAUCACAGCAGACCAGCUGAUUGAGCUUCUCAACUCCAAAGGAGACACAAACUGACCACUACUCUUCGAUACGUUACUUACAGUUCUUGACUUUGAACAUCCGCCUUCUUGCAGAUGCCAUGUUUGAUGAUACAAGUUAACAUUAAUUAGCUGCCUUUUUGUAAUGACAGUGUUUUAAACUGGUGUGAUAUUAGUAUUGGAAGCCAAAUGAAAACUUGGAUGAAGCCAAACCUUGCUUCUUGCCACUUGAGAUAUGUUAGAUUAUUUUUGUCAAAUGUUUCUACAGAAGAAGAUUAAACAUUAAAUCUUCCUCAAUAUUGGACGUAAUAAAAAUGCAUUUAUUUUAUGGACCAUGUAGUAAACGGUGUGAUUCACCUGUUUCAACUAUUGACACCAAAGAAGGUGUUCUUUUUUUGUUGUUUUUACUGAAUGCGAAUGUGUGUUAAGUACAACAAUUUAAAGCCCUUAUAAAUAACAAGCUGUUUGAUAUCUUGAUGUGCCUACUGAUUUGAAAAUCAUAUGUUAUGCAUGUAUAACUGAGAAAAAGCAUAAGUAAGGAAAAUUAAUUUGUGUUAUCAUAUAUGGAUAUAACAUUUCGGACAGUUUUGUGUUCCUCAGUUAUGUUAAGUAAUUUCUUUGCUGAUGGACAUGCGCUGGGGUAGCUGAUGUGGGCUAAACUACAAAGUAACAUUUUGAUUAACUAUGUACUGUACAAAUGUCCUUUACAGCAGAAGCUGCUAAGUACUAAUGAGCUCGACAAACACUAGUAUGUAAUGUUGCAUUUGUUUGAUCUAAUGUAAUAUCUGAGGAUUGUUGAAGUGAAGUGAGUUAAACUAAGGUGUUGGUGAAUGAAGUGGAUAUUUAUGCUAUGAUGACACUGAUGUAUAUUAGGGAAUGUAAAAAAUAAAGAAAAAGAUCUGUAUGUACUGUACGAAAUUGUAUGCACUUUAAGAAUUAAUUCAACUUAGAAUAAAUAAUAAAUUGCUACCUCUCA